AAGGGUAGUUCUGCCAAAUUUCCCACCCUCUUUAUUUCCUCAGCGUUGGCCUCCGUGUCGUGACAUUCCUUUCAGUAGUUUACUCAACCUGCUCGGAGACACCCAAAAUGCGGUCUACACUCUCCACAUCUGCCUUCAGACAGGCUGCUCGUCCCCGCCGUCUACCAUCUCAGUAUUCACGCUUCGCCAGCUCAAACGCGGAGACAGCGCAGAAGAAAACCCAGGACGCGCUCGGGUCCGCCCAAAAGACAGCGGAAAAGCUUUGGGAGAGCUCGAAAAAGUUCCUUGGUCCCCUCGGUGAGCGUGCUGGAAGCAUGCUUGGAUCAUACCGUCAACCUGUGAUGUAUAACUUGUCCGUUGCACGCGAAUUGUUGAAGCAGGUUUAUGUGGCGGAGCGUUUGCAACCUCCCGCCGACCUUGCAGUAGUGAGAAGCGCAUACUCAACAUUAUGGAGCCGUGCUAGCAGCCAAGCAUAUUGGCGAGGGAUACUCAGUUCCGGGGAGUGGGUCAAGGUUGCCAUAUACGCUGUGGAAGCAUACGGUAUCUUCAAGAUUGGAGAGAUUGUCGGGCGGAGAAGCAUCGUCGGAUACAACCUUCAUUAGACACCACAUUAUUUAUCAUCGAAAGCAUGUCAU